AUGGGUCAAUCACAAGUUGUCGUCAUACUCUUUUCGUCACAACUCACAACUGCUGCCGAAUAUUUGAGCUGCGCUUAUCGACUUAUAAUCCUCCUUUGGCAAUUAGUUAUUAGUGCCGUGCCGUACUUACUUAUUUUCCAAUUACUAUACAUUCAGUCACCUCACUUCAAAUUUGCAGGUUGGCAAAACUGAAGCUUUGUUGUUUUUAUUUAUUGUCGGUCGUUUCACAUUUUAAGAAUUGAGUGAGAAUAACAAAUAUUGAUUGAUUGGGCGGAGCUAAACCAACGAAAGUAAUUUUUUAACAAAUACAAGUUACACUCGAAUAUUGUAAAAAUGGCGUUCUUGGGAUUUGGGAAAAAGUCAGAGAAAGAGCUGAUGAAGGAAAAUGACAGAGCAUUACGAAAAGUUGGGAGGGAGUUGGAUCGAGAACAGCACAAAUUAACACAAGAAGAAAAGAAAUUGGAAAUGGAAAUAAAAAAGGCCGCAAAAGAAGGAAAUGCAGACGUUUGCAAACUUUUAGCAAAGCAGCUAGUGCAGAUGCGUAAAGCAAAGACGAGAACUUACGCUGCUAAAGGAAAGGUUCAAACGGUUGGAACAACGGCGAAAGUCAUGGGAGCUAAUGCAAAAAUGGCCGAAAUUAUGGGAGAAACAACUAAGACGAUGGGACAAAUGAACAAAUUAACAAAUCCAGCCAAACUUAAUAAAACAUUACAAGAAUUUGCAAAGGAAUCUACAAAAAUGGAAAUGACGGAUGAAAUGAUGAACGAUACUUUGGAUGACAUAUUUGCUGGGUCGGAUGACGAAGAAGAACAAGAUCAAAUUAUCAGCAAAGUCCUUGAUGAAAUCGGUAUUGAAAUAUCUGGAAAGUUGGCAACAGCUCCUUCCGCAGGGUCUGGCAAACUUGGAGAAUCUUCAAGAUCUAAAUUGCCUGAUGUUCCCACUGAUGAUGAUUUGGAACAACAACUUGCUAGACUCCGGACGUAGUUGGUAAAUUAGAACAAUUGCCUUACAACGUCCGUACCUCUUGUGUCUGUGAUGACUUUACCUACCAAUUAUUACGAAGAAAACUAGAUCAUAGAUGUGCAAGUCUUGAAACGAGUCUUCAAUUGCGAAUUAUUCUAAACACUUAUAGGCCAUGUGACAUACAUCGCGCUGUAAAGUUUUAAUUUUUGUUGUAUAAACUUAACGCGGAAUUGAUAAUGAAAUGAUACACAGAAAAAUUGA